AUGCAACACUUAUCGACGGCAUUCCUGAUCAUCGCGUUAGUGAUCGUCGUCAAUAAUGGACAAGGCGUGACGAUCAAAGAUGAGGAAAUUGUAAAAUCGGACCAGGUCGCGGAGGAAACCAAAAGGAACGCUUUGACUCUUAUAGACGGUCCAAAGUACGUGCCAAAAACUGAAACGACAAAAGCGGCUAAUAUAACAGUGGCCAACAAUUAUAAGCCGGAACAACGACCGCCGAGCAAACCGCCCAUCUUCCCAGACAAGCCAACCCGACAAAAAGUUUAUGUAGACAUACAAAGGCCUUAUUACGGUAAUAUUCAGAAUCUACAGCGCCCGCAGUUUUCCCAGCCAUUGAAGUUGUUUACGUCACCAAACUCCGUGUUUGGUUUCCCGAAAGUAAUCCCUUUGCCGCUUCAUAAAAACCACUACUAUAUAAAACAACAACCGCGACCUACUGUUAUAUAUGCAAACAACCAAACCUUAGCAACGACACCUCCAAAAUUCAAUAUACCAGUCCAAACGGUCAAUGGAGUACGAAAUGAUAUCGUUAAACCGCCGAAAAUAAAUACAUCAAAAACGAACAUUGGAACUACCACAGUGGCUUCUUUGACUACCACUAAGAGAUACUUAAGGACAAAACGAAUAUGGCCGAAGAAAAUUUUAGAAAAAAUGAAUGCGGCGUUAUAUAAUAAUAACAAAACUACAAAUUACACUAAUCCAACAAAUAUCACUCACAAAUCUGAUUACGUUCAAUCCGCUAGUGUCACUAGAAUUCGGUAUGUUAUUAAAAAUGACUCUGUGCCAAUCAGUUCUUACAGUUCCCCCACGAGACGUCCUUAUAGACCGGUGACGAGAAUCCCAAAAAAAAGAAGCACCACUCCAGCUAUUAAUAUAACAGACUUUGAAAAUAGCGAUUGGGUGCCCAUCGUUCCUCCUCACUAUACGAAAUAUAAAAGGCCUCCGCAUUCUCGCAAUAGAAGAUCCGUUGACAUCCCAGGGAUGUCGCCUUAUAAUAACAGAAUGUUAUACUUGCAGUCAUUUGGUCUAAUUCCAGUGCCAAAUUUAGAUAAUCCACAAUAUCAAGAGACACCUGAUAUUUCUAGAAAAAAGAUGGUUUACUUAAAAAAGAAAAGACAACCGAAUCCUUAUUAUUCUGGUUACGGCAAACCUGUUGUAGAACAAUAUAUUCAUGGGGAUCUACAAGCCGAAGGCAGUCAUCCUCACAAGCGCAGUCAUCCAAAAGUCAUCACUAAAAUCAAACAUCACCAUCAUCAUCAUCAUCACAGAUACAUCAAAACGGUAGAAAAGCCAGUCCAAGUCCCUUAUAAAGUAGAAGUUCCGAAACCUUAUCCUGUUCCAGUGGAAAAGAAAGUACCCGUUCCCGUGGAAAAAGUAAAGAUUGUAGAAAAACCAGUUCCAUACACUGUAACGGUCGAGAAAAAGAUCCCUUAUCCCAUUGGUAUUAAAGUGCCACACCCAGUACCUUACAAAGUAGUUGAAAAGGAAUACGUUCCCAAGCCAUAUCCGGUGGUGCAUCACAUUCCCAUAACCGUCGAGAAGAAAGUACCAUAUCCUGUAGAAGUGCGCGUGCCGGUAGAUCGUCCUGUCCCCGUGACGGUUGAAAAACAAGUGCCCUACCCGCUUCCCGUCAAAGUACUAGUACCGCAACCUUAUCCAGUGGAAACUAAAGUGCCUUACCCUGUUCAAGUGAAGGUCAAAGAGCCGGUAGAGGUGGUCAAACAUGUGCCCGUCAAGGUUCCGGUUCCUCAGCCCUUCGCUGUGAAGGUACCAGUGCCGGUCGAGAAAAAAGUGCCUUACCCAGUGGAAGUUGAGAAAAAAAUCCCGGUACCUGUUGAAAUUUACGUUCCGCAAAAGGUAGAAGUUGAGAAAAAAAUCCCUGUUUACAUACCAAAGCCGUAUCCUGUGGAGAAAAAAGUUCCAGUGCCAGUUAAAGUUCCGUAUCCCGUAGAAGUGCCCAUUUAUGUUCAUAGUCCGUCGCCUGGUUAUAAUGAUUAUUAUGGAAGUUAUGUCAGUAGUAGUGGCGUGAGUGUUGCUCCAGACUCUGUGACAAAUACUCCUGAGCAUACCGUGACAGUCCAUGGUAACACCGGAUUUGCAGGUUUCCAGUCUCGAUCCGACAAUGACAACACGGCAUCAGAACCUAGUUCAGAAGCAACACCAUUGACAACAAAUUCUUGAAUACUGUAAUUAAAAAUCGUCUAGUAACUAUAAUCAUGAUGUAAAUAAUCGUAGAGAUAAUGAUUAAUUAAUUAUAUAGAUAUUUGUACCAUAAGAGACAAUAAGUUAUUGGCUUGUGUGCAGAAUAAAAAACCUGUGUGACUAUGAGUAAAUGGAUGCUACUGUGAUAAAUUUUUGUUUUUCCGUUUAGUUUCUUCAAAAUAUUUUUAAUUAAUUAAUUAAUUAUCAAAAAAAGCAAUGACAGCUAAAGGAGUUAAAGGGCACCCUGCACCUGCACUACAAAGGGCUCAAAUCCAAAAUAAGUUUAACUCCUAAAGUGCUCAAAAUUUAAAGCCCAGUUUUCUAUAGGUAUAAUGAUGAUUUCUUUCAUUAUUUCAUGCUCAGGUAUUUUUAUAAUUUUUAUAAAAUGCUUGCAUCUUUAAAGGCACUCCCAAAAUAUGCAGGGCCCGCAUUAAAUUUAGUUCUUGCGAUGCUACUAAAGGGUUGACCUUGAGUAGGUACAUAAUUAAAACGAUGUUAUCUAUCACUUCUAUUAGCAUAUUACUACAUUCAAUAGAGUAUGCGUCAAAGAUAUUUUAGAUGUUUUAUUAGUAAAAUAAACGAUUAUUAUCUAUUAUUCCACGCUUUAAGACUUCAUAAAGAAAUUAAUAUAACAUUUCAUCGGCGAUUAC